ACGGUCACGACCACACCAUGCGAUCUGCGUUGCUCCGAAGUGUGGCGCUGCGUCCGUCGCACAAGGCACAUAUGCCGAUGUGGAUGGCGGCAUUUUCGUCGACGACGGAACCGGUGACCCCGGCCGCGCGCAAAUUGGCGUUCAAGAAGAAACUCGACGAAACGCGCGCACAGGCGCUCUUGGGAGGUGGCAUCAAGCGCCAAGAAGCCCAGCACAAAAAGGGCAAGCUCAGCGCCCGGGAACGUUUGGAAUUGUUGUUGGACGAAGGCACGUUCCGCGAGUACGACAUGCUCAAGACCCAUCGAUGCAAGGACUUCGGCAUGGAAGCCCAGCAGUACCCUGGCGAUGGUGUGGUGACCGGUCACGGCCUCAUCAACGGCCGCUUGACGUAUGUCUUUUCCCAAGAUUUCACCGUGUUGGGUGGCAGUUUGUCGGAAACGUACGCGGAAAAGAUCGUCAAGGUGAUGGACAAGGCGUUGAAGAUGGGCGCGCCCGUGAUCGGGUUGAACGACUCGGGUGGUGCGCGCAUCCAAGAAGGUGUUGCGUCGCUCGCAGGGUAUGCCGACAUUUUCCAGCUGAACGUGCUGGCGUCGGGCGUGGUGCCGCAGCUCACGAUGAUCAUGGGUCCGUGCGCAGGCGGGGCCGUGUACUCGCCGGCCAUGACGGACUUUGUAUUCAUGUGCCGCGACACAUCGUACAUGUUUGUGACGGGGCCGGACGUGGUCAAGACGGUCACGAACGAGGAAGUGACGCAGGAGCAGCUCGGCGGCGCCGUCACGCACACCAAGACGUCGGGGGUCGCGCACAAAGCAUUCGACAACGACAUUGAAGCUCUGCGUGAGCUUCGCCGGUUCUUCGACUUUUUACCGCUCAACAACAAAGAAAAACCUCCCGUCAAGGACACCGACGACACGCGAUUCCGCGCCGUGCCGACACUCGAGAGCAUCGUGCCGCCCGACCCGAACGUCCCGUACAACAUGCAUGACGUGAUCCAUCAGUUGGUAGACGACGGCGACUUUUUUGAGAUCAUGCCUGCUCAUGCCAAGAACAUUCUCGUGGGCCUCGCGCGCUUUGAGGGCCGCGUGGUGGGCAUCGUGGCCAACCAGCCCACCGAGCUCGCGGGCUGCCUCGACAUCAACUCGUCCGUCAAGGCGGCGCGCUUUGUCCGGUUCUGCGAUGCGUUCAACAUCCCGCUCGUGACGCUGGUCGACGUCCCGGGGUUCCUUCCAGGGACAGACCAAGAGUAUCACGGUAUCAUCCGCCAUGGCGCCAAGCUCCUGUACGCGUACGCUGAGGCCACGGUACCCAAGAUCACAGUCAUCACCCGCAAAGCGUAUGGCGGCGCGUACGACGUGAUGAGCUCCAAGCACCUCCGCGGCGACGUCAACUAUGCGUGGCCAUCGGCUGAAAUCGCCGUGAUGGGUGCCAAGGGCGCCGUGGAGAUUAUAUUCAGAGGCCAAAACGUCGAAGCCAACACGGCCGACUAUGAAGAAAAGUUUGCCAACCCGUUGGUGGCUGCGCAACGGGGGUUUGUAGACGACAUCAUCGAACCGACCACGACGCGCCUUCGGAUUUGCGAAGACCUGGACGCGUUGCAGACCAAGUCGCUGCAGAACCCAUGGAAAAAGCACGGCAACAUUCCUCUCUAAAGCUAGUUAGUUCAUUAACUAAAGCGAGUUAGUUCAUUAACUAGAGCUAGUUACAGUAGUUCAUGGUGUCACCAUAUCUACCUUGCUCUGCGAAUCAAUAUCUACCAACCAACCCUAGUACGAC